UCAUCAUUGUCACUGGCACACUCAAGUUGGAAGGCAUGCAGAUUAUUUAUGGAGUUCACAAGGUCAUCUUGCACGAAUACUUUAUUUUAGAACUGUUUGGGGUUAAAAUCCCAGACAACGACAUUGCUCUCGUCAUGGUGAAGGAACCAAUCGUAUUUAAUAAACUUGUGUCGCCCAUAUGCUUCCCUGAUGACCGCUACCUUGACAUGAGCACCCUGGAGAACUGUUGGGUCACUGGAUGGCAGAUGUUAAGUCUCGCUGGAAGUCCCAUCUCUCCCAUCUACCAGACUGUGAAGCAGCCAGUCAACCAUGAGAAGCUGGAGGUCUGUGAGAAGUUCUACCCGGAAAACCUGAAGGAAAGUGUGAUUUGUGUGACAAACGUGGACAAGCAACAGUCUCUCUGCAUGGGAGGUUAUGGUGCCCCACUCGAGUGUCAGGACAAGAGGACUAAAAUGUGGGUGGUGGCCGGGGCAGCGAGCCACUGCCCUCCGUCCUGUAACCACACGGCUCUCUUCACCAGCUAUGUCCACUAUGUGGACUGGGUGGAACGUGUCACCAUCUCAGCAGGGCACCCCUUCGUUCCCUAUGGACUUCCUCCCAAACCCACCCUGCCCUGCCACCAAAUCCAGCACCCCAAACGCACCCUGCCCAGCCACAAACUCCAGCACCACGUCGAAUGCAACCCGUGGCAGAAACCAAAGAGAACUCGAGAAGCCAGGAGGCAGUGGAAGGGUCGACACCACAAGGUCAUUUUUGAGAGCAACUCAUCGAAUGCAGAGCGGAAGCCACGGCAAGUCCUUGGUGCAGCUGUGUGCCUCGUACAACUUGCACUGCUCACCUGACCACUGGCAUGAAGCACAGAUUGUCGAACUGAGAAUAACUAUUUUAUCACGGACAUUCCUAUUACCUCGAGUUCAACAGGGCGAGAUAUUGAAUUGAUUUUGUUGAUCCUGCUCUUUUGUGGGCCAGGAUCAGAUGGAAGGACUUGGGAAGCAGUCAGAACAUUACGAAAAGCACGGUGGCUGCAGGGAAAUAAGUGGGGGAACGGAGCUGUUCUCAGAGCUAGCAGCGACUCAAUGGGCCGAAUGGCAGCAGCCUAUGUUGGAAAGAAAUAACAAGUUAAUAUAACAUUUGCUAUAACAGUUUGCAAAUGUGAUUUUUAUUUUCCUUUAUGUUGCCAUCAGCACAUCAAGAUAAUUUCUAGCGCCAGUUCUUAAUAUAAAGAUAUUUUGGGGAUCCAGCAAACUCAAUGCCAAAUUAAUGGCUUUGUAUUAAUUAUCCUGGGCAAGUAAGCGAGCGCUGUGUGUGUUGUGAACAGCACUCGCGUGGUGGGGCAAUAUCACUCGAGCUGACAUUCUUACUUUACUUGCCCAUUAAUGCAUAAAAGCAAGAUAAAUAUAUAAUGUACAAUAAUUCUUUUUUAAUAUA